CAAGACUUGUGUGGAGGAAACGUGUACAGACUCAACAGUUCAACCAUAAUGAAGACGAGAGCGUCAGCGGCGUUGGUGGUGAUGCUGUCAGUGUUGUUGCAGCUGUCGGAGGCAAGACCAGAGAACACCAAAGUCGUCGUUCCAACACUGCUAGAGUCUCCUGCAGAACCCAUUAUUACCAGCGAUAUAAAAGAUGAAAAAGACAUUGUUGUUAACCCAGAAGGCCUUGGUAAAGCCUUCGGCGCGAGUUUACCUGGCUUAGCCGCUGGAGGAUCUGGAUUUUCAGGAGGAGUUAGUACAGACUUUGCGACGAAAUUAUCGGUAGGGGUUGGACCAAGUCAUGGAGCAGGAGCUGGAUUUGCAGCAGGAGCUGGUGUAGGUCACGGAGUAGGAGCUGGUUUAGGUCACGGAGUAGGAGCUGGUGUAGGUCACGGAGUAGGAGCUGGUGUAGGCCACGGAGCAGGAGUUGGAUUCUCAGCAGGAGCUGGUGUAGGCCAUGGAGCAGGAGCUGGAAUCUCAGCUGGUGCAGACUUUGGAGUAGGAGCUGGAUUCUCAGCAGGAGGUGCUGUAGACCAUAAAGUAGGAGCUGGAAUCUCAGCAGGAGCUGGCGUAGGCCAUGGGGCAGGAUCGGCAGUCAUCUCCUCUGUUAUCCCCGGAGCGAAGAAAACAACGACCGUCAAUGUCGGCGUCCCACACACUGGUGGUGAUGGAAAUCACGUGGGAAAACUCUUCAGCGUUCUGACACAAGGAGCAGCUGGAGCCACCGGACACUCUUCGGCUGGUGGUGGAGUCUUGAACCUGUUAUCCUCACUGGUUGGUGGUAUCACCGGAGAAGGAGGUAAAAAUAUAUUGGGUGCUCUUGGACUAGGACCAGAAACUCUCCAGUCUUUUGUUCAGAUAGCCUCUUCAUCCGCAGAUGAUAUCGCUCGUGAAGCCAAUCUGGGACUGAGGUUUGUUGGAGAUGAAAUUCAGUUUCAAGGGGAACAAAGAUUGAAACAAGCCCUACGAGGCGUCCAGCAGGCAGGACGCACAACCGCGCUAGUGGGACAGAACACCUACCGUGGUGUGUUGCAGAAAACAGACUCUCUCAGCGACUUAGCAAGAGGCACAGUACAUAAUGUUGGUACAUAUGCAGACAAAUCUGUCGCAGCAUCGUUCGACAAAGUCUCUGAUACCCUUGGCGCCUUCGGCCGUCUGUUCCAUGACUUGAAGGUAGCAUUCCUUGAUAAUAUCAUCAAGAAGGGAGAGGCUGCAAAGGAACUGGUGGACGAGCAGUCUAAGACUAAGGCAGUCGCUGUUGAAGAGAUUAUUGGCGGUGUAAGAGACGUCACUCGAGACAACAUUCGCGCCAUAACAGGGUUGAAAAAGAGCGUUAAAAAUACUAGGAUAUAAAUCUUCACGUUAUUAGUGACGUGUCCCUCAGAAUACGAAUGGCACUUCGUUAGUCAUACAAAUCGUGAGUGUAUGAGGGAGAUCACUAUACACUAUUACAUACCCAGUAUUCAAAUCAACAUUUUCUUAUGACGUUUCAGAACUGGUGUUACAGUCUUCAUUUGUCAGUAAAACUAUGAAUGGAUUAUAGUUUUCGAACACCAGUAUAUCUGUUGUAGUAAUAACAGUAUAUCUGUUGUAGUAACAACAGUAUAUAUGUUGUAGUAACAACAGUAUAUCUGCUGUAGUCACAACAACAGUACAUCUGUUGUAGCAGCAAUAACAGUAUAUUCGAUGUAGUAACAACAACGGUAUAUCCAUUGUUGUUACUACAACGGUAUAUUCGUUGUAGUAACAACAGCAUAUCCGUUGUUAGUCACAACAACAGUACAUCUGCUGUGGCCAUAACAACAGUAUAUCUAUUAGGCUUGAGAAUUUUCCCAUUAAUUUGUUUCGUAUAUGUCAUAAACCACUGUAAAAGGUAUGCACAUUUUUGAUACCUAUGCACAUCUCCAACUCUGAUUAUCCCUGUGUCUGAUUCCCUAUAAACAGUCCAGUUCUGACGUAAAUUUACAUAUCAAGUAUUGGCUACAUUAAGAGAAACUAACAUUCAACAGCAGUGUUUACACAGUUUCUUGAGUUGUCACGACUCUUAACAUCAACACCACCAACACCAGUUUGUCACUUUUACUUGGAGAAAGGAUGUUGAUCCGUCUGUAGCGCUCCAGAACCUGGUGUCUCAUGUGCUCUACCAGGAACUGUAUCUCCUGGAGGCGAUGCUAGCAGACAAGCCAGAAGAAACCUUCCAGCAGCACCCUUGUUAUGAAACCACCUGCUGGAGGCGAUGCUAUCAGACAAGAAAGAAGAAACCUUCCAGCAGCACCCUUGUUAUGAAACCACCUGCUGGAGGCGAUGCUAGCAGACAAGCCAGAAGAAACCUUCCAGCAGCACCCUUGUUAUGAAACCACCUGCUGGAGGCGAUGCUAGCAGACAAGCCAGAAGAAACCUUCCAGCAACACCCUUGUUAUGAAACCACCUGCUGGAGGCGAUGCUAGCAGACAAGCCAGAAGAAACCUUCCAGCACCACCCUUGUUAUGAAACCACCUGCUGGAGGCGAUGCUAUCAGACAAGAAAGAAGAAACCUUCCAGCAGCACCCUUGUUAUGAAACCACCUGCUGGAGGCGAUGCUAUCAGACAAGCCAGAAGAAACCUUCCAGCAACACCCUUGUUAUGAAACCACCUGCUGGAGGCGAUGCUAUCAGACAAGCCAGAAGAAACCUUCCAGCAGCACCCUUGUUAUGAAACCACCUGCUGGAGGCGAUGCUAGCAGACAAGCCAGAAGAAACCUUCCAGCAGCACCCUUGUUAUGAAACCACCUGCUGGAGGCGAUGCUAGCAGACAAGCCAGAAGAAACCCUCCACCUUCGUUAUGGAACCAUAAAACAUCUCAUUCUCUACAGAAUCAAAUCAUCUUUACCCAAACAUCAAUAUACUGAACCUCUUGUGUUCUUCUUACUCUUAAAACAAAGCUUAUACAAUAUACUGAGUGUAUCAUUAUUCCUUGAUGCCGGCGAUGGGCUCUUGAUCCAAGAAAUUUUAUCCCGUCUCCCCUUCCUUGGAUCGAACCUG